GAUUCUUAAUUCUCUUUCUUUUGGCACUUUCCCAUGGAGAGAACAAUGGCCAACCUUCCCACAACCACUUCCAUGCAAAGGCGACAUGACCGCCAGCCCAAACGGCCGGUUGCUUUUUUCGCCCCACCGCCUCCCAAAAGUAUGACUUUCACUUUUUCUUCUCUUCUUUAACCACCUGGAAGCGAUUAGACGUUCCCGAAUCUCGAAAAUUCCUCCUCGAGGUCCGUGCGAAAGAGGGGGGAGAGAGAGAGCAGAGGGAUCGCGAUGGGGUGCGCGCAGUCGAAGAUCGAGAACGAGGAGGCCGUUACGCGAUGCAAGGAGCGGAAGAAGUGGAUGAAGGACGCCGUCUCCUUCCGCAACGCCUUCGCCGCCGCCCACUCAGCCUACGCCGUCUCCCUCAAGAACACCGGCGCCGCCCUCAGCGACUACGCCCUGGGGGAGGUCCCCCCUCUCGGCCACCAUCACCACCCCAACGCCGCCGCCGCCGCCGGCGGAGGCGGCGGCUCCGCCUCCUCCUCUGCCGCCCCCACCGCCGCCGCCGUCGUAGCCAUCCAGCCCCCCAUGGAGAACCUCCCGCCCCCUCCCCCGCCCCUCCCGGACUACACUCCCCCCCCGCUCCAGCGCUCCGCCAGCUUGCCUGAACUAGGAAUGCCCAAGCCCAAGAAGAAGCCCCUCGCCGGCGCUUCCAUUCGCGAGGAGGAGGACGACGAAGACGCCGCCGCCGCGGACGAUGACGUCCCUUCCACCGCUUCCGCCGCCCCUCCUGUCAGCGACGCUUCCCCUGCCCCGCCACCUCCGCUGCCGUCCCAGCCACAGCGCAGCACCACCCCGCCUCCGCCCCGGAUGCCGGAGUCCAAGGACUUGGGGACGUGGGAUUACUUCUUCGGCUAUCAGGAGAACAUGCCCCCUCCCACCCUCAGCCAGCCCGAGGAUACCUGGCCGCCGGCUGAAAGAAGAGAAAUUGAGGAGGAGGAGAUCAAAACCCCGGCCACUUCCCUUCCGCCGUCGGCCGUGGGCAACGACAUCCGUGGUGUUGAACCCACGGUGGCGCCGGAGAAGGUAGUCGCCGAGCCUGUGCCGCCGAAGGCCGUGAAGAAGCCGAAGCAGGGUGGUUCGGCGCACCACCACCAUGCUUUGUCGGCUGGGACAUCGGAGUCCAAGAGGGGCAAGAUGGUGGCCGCCAGCGCUCCUCCUGUUAAUUUGCUACAGAUUUUGAACGAGCUGGAUGAUCAUUUCCUCAAGGCAUCAGAGAGUGCUCAAGAGGUGUCCAAAAUGCUGGAGGCCACUCGGAUGCACUACCACUCCAAUUUUGCUGAUAAUCGAGGACAUAUUGAUCAUUCUGCAAGAGUUAUGCGAGUUAUCACAUGGAAUCGCUCAAUUAAGGGCAUGGCUGACCCUGAUGAUGGGAAGGAUGAUUUUGAUAAUGAUGAAUGGGAAACUCAUGCUACCAUUCUAGAUAAGAUGCUAGCAUGGGAAAAGAAACUCUAUGAUGAAGUGAAGGCAGGCGAGCUUAUGAAGAUUGAGUAUCAAAGGAAGGUUGCUUUACUGAAUAAACAAAAGAAACGUGGUGUCAAUUCCGAAACACUGGAGAAAACUAAAUCAGCUGUAAGUCAUUUGCAUACGAGAUACAUAGUCGAUAUGCAGUCCAUGGAUUCAACAGUUUCAGAAAUCAACCGUCUACGUGAUGAGAAGCUAUAUCCAAAGUUGGUGGACCUCGUUGAUGGGAUGGCGAAUAUGUGGGAAACAAUGCAUGUGCAUCAUGGCACCCAGUAUAAGAUUGUUGCAAACCUCAGAGCAUUUGACAUCUCAUUUGCUCCCAAGGAAACAAGCGAAGAGCACCAUGAAUGUACCGCCCAGCUUUGGCGAGUUGUGAGAGAGUGGCAUUCACAGAUUGAAAAACUCAUGAAAAAUCAGAAAGAUUACAUCAAAUCUCUCAAUAGCUGGUUAAAGUUGAAUCUCAUUCCAAUUGAGAGCAGCUUGAAGGAGAAGGUGUCUUCACCACCACGGCCAUCUCGACCCCCUAUCCAGGCCCUGCUGCAUUCAUGGAAUGAUCAGCUGGAGAAACUCUCAGAUGAGCUGGCCAGGAGUGCUAUUUAUAGCUUUUCAGAAGUUGUACGUACAAUUGUGGUGCAUCAGGAGGACGAACUGAAAAUGAAAGAGAAAUGUGAGGAUUUGCGCAAAGAGUUUAUGCGAAAGAAACGAGCUUUUGAGGAUUGGUAUCGCAAGUAUUCAGAGAAAAAGGCAGCAUCAGGUGAGGAUGCCAAUCCAGAGGGCGGUGAAGGAUCCAAUCAGGACCGUGGGACAGAAAGAAAGCUUGAAGUAGAAGCUUUGGAGAUCAAGCUAAAGGAUGAGGAGGAAGCCUAUGCAAGACUGUGCAAGCAGGUGAGGGAGAAGUCGCUCGGGACUCUUAGGACACAUCUGCCUGAGCUCUUCAGAAAUGUGUCAGACUUCGCUCUCGCAUGUUCUGAGAUGUAUAAAAAGUUAAGAUCUGUCUCCCAGUCCCUGGACGGUGAUUAACUAGCUCAGCAUUCAAGAAGUUUCUUGUAUGAUUAUUCAAUCUUUAUGUAUUAUAUAUUUUCAAUUUCUCGAUUUAUAUUUGUUGCUGUUUAUUUCUUGUUCUGUUCGACCUGAAGAAGGGAUUUCGGACGAUCUGUCAAUGUAAAAAAUGGGUAUUGUUAACAUCUAUUGAUUACUGAAUAUCGCUCAAUGCUACAGAAAUCUUUCGUUUA